UAAAGAAGAUGAUUUAUUAUUAAUAAUCGACUUACAAAUAAGGAGGACACUGCUACAUAGUAUCAUGAAUUCCGAAACUGAAAUGUUUAUCAUUUUUAUCAACAAUCGUCCCCCCUUUAUUAUCUUCGACGCGAUACACUGACGAAGGUCCGAAACUUGUUCGAUCGCGUUGCGUCUCGAUACAUGGAUAGACAACAGAUAGUACAAGAAUUUUCACUUGACAAUUUUAAAAAACGUUCGACAAGAUUAACAUGUUGGGUUAUUAAUCAGGAAAAAUGAACGAGCAAAAUGAUCGACGGAUAAUAUCGGGCAUGUAUCUAUAUAUAUAUGCGUGUAUAACUUCACGCUUGAACACCACGCGGUUUAAUUGUUCUCAUCUCGAUAGCUGGUGGCGGUAUAUAUGUAUAUCUAAUAAACGUCUCUCGUUUUCAUUUAGACUAGGUUGAAGUUAAAAUUAAAAAAGUUCAAAUGCGCGUUGAAAAUGUCCACCACGCUCUACUGUGCAAAUAAAUCGUGGAAUAAUUACGCGCAAUGAUCAACGUAUCGACGAAGACGGAUAAUGUGAUAUGAUGAUAAUAUAAGAAAUGGAGUGCGCCGGCGAUUCUGGAGGCCGAAAAUGGGGCCAAUCCCCUAUCGAUAUCGAUGAACGAAACUUAAUCAAGAUAAAAUUCCCCGCCCUUAUCAUGAGCGGCCAUUGGAACAACGACGGUGAGGCAAAAAUGCGAAACAUCGGGACCACAGUUCGAGUGACGUUGGAGGGAAACAGGAGUCCAGCAACGAUUCAAGGAGGUCCUCUGGCGACCGAUAUAUACGAGCUUUCCGAAGUUGUGUUUCGAUGGGGCUCGUCGAAUUGCAAAGGUGCCGAGCACACGUUGAACGGCACCUGGUUCACGAUGGAGGCGCAAGCGAUACAUUUUAACAAAAGAUACGAAACGAUCGAGAGAUGUUGGCGCGAGAACGACGGCCUCGCGAUAUGCUCGUAUCUUCUGCAAGCUUAUCAAAUCCCCACCUGGGACGAGCAUCCAUCCUUCUCCAAGAUCACCGACGAUCUGUACAAAAUCACCCAAUAUAACUCGUACACAAAGAUACCGGCAAAUUGUUUGAGCUGGAUGAGACAAGCUUGUCAAACACCCGGUUAUUACAGUUACUUGGGCUCGCUCACCACGUACCCGCAUUACGAAUGCGCUACCUGGAUCGUUUUCCCGGAACCGGUUAGAAUUUCGGAGAAUCAAGCGGAUUUGUUUCGCAUGUUGCGUAACAAAGAGGGGUGCUGCAUAAGAGAUAAUUAUCGCGAGGUGCAAAAAUUAAAUGGUCGUAUGGUUUAUUACGUGAAUUAAGUUAUCGUGUAUCGAAUCGAAAAGUAUUAUAAAGUAUUAUAAAUUUAUUAUUGAUAUUUAUAUUGAACGUCGUGCAUGUGUAUGUUUAAUAAAAAUCUAAUGUACAAUUCAC